AAGCAUGCAAAUGGAUCAGCCUCGAUUUCAAGCUCCUACGCCCACCAAGAUCGAAAGAAGGCUCAUAGAGAAAAACCGAAGAAACCAGAUGAAGAUCCUUUACGCCAAACUCAACUCUCUUCUCCCAAACUUCAACCCUAAGCAAAUGAUUCCGCUGCCUGAUCAGAUAGACGAGGCAAUAAACUAUAUAAAGAGUUUAGAGGCAAAAGUGAAGAUGGCUCAGGAGAAGAAAGAGAGGUUCAUGGGAAAGAAAAGGUCACAUGCUUGCUGCAGCUCUGGUUCUUUUGAGACCAUAAAGAGAAGCCUGAAUUCACCACAGAUUCAGAUUCAUGAAAUGGGUUCGUCACUUGAAGUAGUUCUGAUUAAUGGUUUGGAUAAUCAGUUCACUUUCUAUGAGAUUAUUCGCAUACUGCACGAAGAGGAAGUGGAGGUCGUAAGUGCCAGUUCCUCACUCGCCGGAGAUUCAAUGCUAAACAUUGUGCACGCGCAGAUUCAGCCGUCUUUGUAUGAAUUCGGAGCCACCAAAAUAAGUGAGAGAUUGAAAAGGUUUGUGUAUGGAUCGGCCAGUGAUGUGGAAAUACAGCCAGCCGAGCUGCAAAAUUAUUUCCAAAUUGGUACGGUUACAUGGGACUACUAA